AGCUUGCAAGGAAGAACGGAACAUAAUUAUGUUUUCCUUUUCUGUUUCUGGCUUCUCCUAUCACCAGAGAAAUACCCUGCGACUCUCGAAUCUUGUUGUCAAAAGACUAGUUGAGAAGAUUCAUUUUUUAUAGCUAAACUGAUUUUAUAGUCCUCUGUGCAUUUGGGUUAGGUGCAGAGGGCUCCCCAUUGUCCACUCUCACGCUCGUGGCUAUCAGAUUCAGCCCAGAUUGCAGCUCAGGUAGUAGACACUGUAGAAAAGAGAAAAUGGAAGGGGAGGAACCUUCAACGGUCAUUUGCACAGUUGUAGCUGUAGAUCCCACCAGCUUCUGUUAUAGAGUAUGCUCUGUCUGUGAUAAGACACUCCCCGACAAGGGCUCUUCUCUAUGCAAAUUCUGCGAUAUGAAGGGAUUCAACUCAGGCUCCUCCGAUUUCAAACGUCUCUAUCGUGUUCUCCUGUCCGUCGCAACAGAGAACAAGGUCUUUGUGGUGAUAUGCUUUGAUAGGGCAGCUCGAGUUCUGUUUGGUUGCUCUGCUGAUGAAUUCUUUGAGUUCGGCAAGCUUAACCCUUGUUCAGCUGUGACAGUAGGCAAGGUACUAGAAGGAGAGAUGUUCCAGAUGACACUAUCCAAACCAAAGAACGGCAAUGCCCAGCAUCUCCGAGUUGUCUCCGUCUUUCCUCUGCGCUCAGACUUUUCCCCAGCAAUCAACACCUUGAAGAAGCUAUAUAGUGUUGGUUGUGGUUCCUCCUGAAUCUAAUUUCUAGCUCAAAAGAGCAACCCAGUGCACGAUGCUUCCACUACUGCAGGAUCUGGGAGGCAGGGGCAAUCUCAUUUCUAGCUUGCUCAUGUUCAUUCAUUUUCCAAUGGGGAAAAUAUUUUAGUGAUACCUCCAUAAACCAUCUCUUGGAAGCUGAAACCAUACUAGUAAGAAAAGUUACCUGCUAACACUAUAUUAUCCCAUACCUGUAAUAGUCUAUUGGCCGAAACUUUGAAACAUGGACGGUAUUAAACUAAGGAUGAUGAGCCCCUGCAACUGAAACAUUGAAUCA